ACACAAUCACCAAAACUAAUCAAAUACACUCAUAAACAUAGCUUAGACUAAGCAUUACCCUUAAUCAAAUUAGGGAAAGAAAAGUGAAAAUAUGGGCUCAGAAACCACACCAAAGCUUCCACUAAUUGACUUCACUAACCUCAACUUGGAAGCCAAAAGUCCUAAUUGGGAAUUGGUGAAGUCCCAAGUGUACAAGGCACUAGUAGAGUAUGGUUGCUUUGAAGCAAGUUUUGAUAAAUUUCCUUUAGAACUUCGCCAAGCCAUAUUUGCUUCAUUAGAAGAGCUUUUUGAUCUUCCUUUACAAACCAAACUACUCAAUGUGUCUAAGAAACCUUAUCAUGGUUAUGUUGGUCAAUACUCUAUGGUUCCACUUUAUGAGAGUAUGGGCAUUGAUGAUGCAAAUAUCUUAGAGAAUGUAAAAAGUAUGACCAAUAUCUUGUGGCAAGAUGGAAAUCAAAAUUUUAGCAAAACUCUGCAUUCCUUCUCUGAGGAGCUAACAGAGUUGGAUCAGAUUAUUAGGAAGAUGAUUUUGGAGAGUUUAGGUGUUGAAAAGUAUUUGGAGGAGCACAUGAACUCAACCAAUUACCUUCUCCGAGUUAUGAAAUACAAAGGCCCUCAAACAAGUGACACAAAAUUAGGACUCAGCACACACACUGACAAGAAUGUUGUGACAAUAUUGUACCAAAAUCAAGUGGAGGGUUUAGAAGUUAUGACCAAAGAUGGUAAAUGGAUCAGCUACAAGCCUACUCAAGGCAGUUUUGUAGUAAUGAUUGGUGAUACUCUCCAUGCUUGGUCAAACGGAAGGUUACAUUCGCCGUUUCACCGGGUGAUGAUGAGUGGGAAUGAGGCAAGAUAUUCAACAGGGUUGUUCUCUAUCCCUAAAGGAGGGUACAUUAUAAAAGCUCCGGAGGAAUUGGUGGAUGAGGAACAUCCUUUGCUUUUUAAGCCUUAUGAUCAUGUUGAUUUCCUCAAGUAUUAUUACUCUGAAAAAGGCCAAAGGGAUCAAUUUGCUAUGCACACUUUUUGUGGUGUUUGAGAUAGCUUACGCUAUUGAGAGAGGGUGUGCUACAUAUAUAAUGUGUUCCAAUGUUUUACAGACAAUUUACCUUGGACUUGAUCAAAGUCUGUAAUAUUUUUUAUGCAGUCAUCACAAGUUAAAGUUAUCUAGCAAUUACACUUCAGUUUGACGACGUGUGGGUGUUUGAUGUGUCAAUGUCUAACAUCGACAUAAUACUGACACAAGUGGCUACAUUCAAUUAUUCUAUUUUAUAAAAUUAUUAGUAUCAAUGUGUGAGUGUAUGUUCAUCAAAGGUCACCGUCAAGGUGUAGCGCAAGUGGUUGCUGCGCAGUGUUUGUGCUUCAAUAUGUUGUAUGCAGUCAUUGGCUUUGUAAGUACUAAGUAGUAUUGUGUUGUGUGUUCAAAUGUUGCCUACAAAAUUUAAUCUUGGCCUUGUAAAACUACUAUGCUUUGUUUUUCUAUCUUGAUUAAAAAAACAAAUAUUUUUGUGUGUAA